AUGUAUCUAUCUAUCACAGUCCAUUUCUAUGUAUCUUUCUAUCAUAGUCUGUUUCUAUCUAUCUAUAUCUAUUCAUUCUGUUACUUUCUAUCUAUCUAUCUAUCUAUCUAUCUAUCUAUCUAUCUAUCUAUCUAUCUAUACCACUCUGUUCAUAUCUAUCUCAGUCUGUUCAUAUCUAUCUAUCUAUCUAUCUAUCUAUCUAUCUAUCUAUCUAUCUAUCUAUCUCACCGUGUCCAUAUCUAUCUAUUUAUCUAUCUUCACCUGAACAAGAUGAAACGUGGUACUUACAUUUGUGAGGUGGUUGAACACAGGAGAAUACUGGAGGCCAUAUUUGAGGUGCCAUGUGCACAUUGCCUUGUCGCCCGUUGUUUUAAAGAAAAGCACAUUUUAAUCUAUUUGCAUACCACCGAGUAUUCUAUCUAUCUAUCUAUCUAUCUAUCUAUCUAUCUAUCUAUCUAUCUAUCUGUCACAAUCUAUUUCUUAUAUACGUCUGUAGAAAUUUAUCAGUCUUUCCUUCUGUCUUUUCUUUAUCUCACGACAAGCACAAACACAGACAUAUAUAGGUCUUGCCAAUAUCAAUAUUUAUAUGUAUGUUUGUAUUCAUAUCUAUCUAUCUAUCUAUCUAUCUAUCUAUCUAUCUAUCUAUCAUUGUUUGUUUCUAUCUAUCACAGUCUCUCUAUCUAUUAUAGUCUGUUUCUAUCUAUCUAUCUAUCUAUCUAUCUGUCUAUCAUAGUCUGUUUCUAUCUAUCUAUCUAUCUAUCUAUCUAUCUAUCUAUUCUGUAUCUAUCUAUCUAUCUAUCUAUCUAUCUAUCUAUCUAUCUGUCUGUCUCAGGAUGA